AUGAACUCGUAUCCUCUCGAGUUCCUCGCCCACCCGCAGCCGCUCAUGUUCGUCGGCGGGCUCAACCCGAACACCCGACGACGCGCGAGCAGCGCAGCGCGAAACCCAGCACUGAGCCCGAAUCCAGGCCUCAGUCCGAACCCGGGGCUGAGUCCGAACCCAGGAAUGCCCUCCCAGCUCCCCGUGCCGCUCAGCCCGAACCCAGGAGGGACUACGCUCUCCCCGGCGCUUGGCGUGUCGCCCAGCACCGAUACAAGCGGUCUGCCCCUCAUGUCACCCGAGGUGGAGACCUUGGCUCUUCCACGCGCCAGUGACCCCCGUGACGCCGAGUUUGAUACCUUGACGCGCGAUCUGCGCAGUGUGUUUGCACCCCUCGGUGCGCCGGCUCGCGUAUGGCUUCCCGAAGACCAGCGACGCGACUUCCGCGUCAUGAUGGUCGACAACGGCGUGCGCCUCCCGCUGCGCAAGAUGCCCGGUGCCAACGGCCAGCCCGGCGGCGACGACUCCCACUCGCCCCUCUCACCACUCACGCCUAGCUCACCGCUGCACCCCGACGGCCUUAUCGCUCCGGUGUGGGUACGCAAGCACGCCGAGCUGGUGCCGUCCGUGUUUGUGCUCUUCCUCCGAUUGUACGAGACGCCUUACCGUGCGCAUGGCGAGAGUUCAUUGGGCGAAGAGGUCCUUGCCAACGCCGAGCGCGAGGCAGAGCGUGAGGCAGACGAGGCGCUUGUCCGCGAGAUUGCCGACCGGAGAAAGCGUCUUGGCGAGCGCGGUAUCAAGCUCACCGUCGUGCUCAUGGCGUCGGCAGCGACUCUCGAGUCUCAAGGCCUCGACCAGCGCUUGUCGCAUCUCCGCCGCACCUCGUCGUUGUCUGCCAAGGCGUCCUUGUUUGUUCUUACCCCUGUUCCUGCUUCUGAGCUUCCCGACUUUGUGCGAUCGCUCCAGGACGCGCUUUAUGACUCUGCACUCGAGUACUAUAACGCGCACGGCAAGAAGCUGCGUCGCAAGCGCGGACGUGUCGCCGGCCAGAGCACAUCUCCACCCCCGCAAACGGGCCGACCUCGAGCCGCGUCUGUCGCUGCGCGUCCACUGGGACCGCAGGGCUGGACAGUUCGAUACGACUUCAAGGCUGGUUGGUUUGCCGAGGUCCGUGGCGAGCUCGACUUGGCACGCCGCCAUUACGAGGACUGUUGGAACGAACUGGCACGCAUGUUCAGUUCGACGACAACGAUGCCUCCGCGAACAAAACGCUGGGCCGAGGCAAAGGUGCUCGCCGAUUGCGUCGCCGUCAAGAUUUGCAAGCUGCUCCUUUACGAGGGCUCGGGUCCACGCGUGCUUGUCCCAUACUUUGUGCACCUGCGCCGCUUUGGUGAGCUGUCCCGUGGCUGGGGUAUUGGCGAGGAGACGUUCGAGUUUUGGUCUUGGGUCGCGAGGCAGUACCGAAUCCUGGCCGAGGUGCUCGAGAUGGCUAUUGCCGAGGGCUUUGUCAUUCCCGAGCUCCCAGCACCGACGUACCCGCCCCCACCGAGCGUUCCAGCCUUGGACGACCCGUUGCCGAACAGCUCGACCAAUGCGUUACACAUCCUCCACCCACCCGCAUUCUACUACUACACUGCGGCGUGCAGCACUCUUGAGCGCAAAGCGCGCUUUGACGCUGCGCUUGCCGCCGAGCAACAUGGCACACUUGCCUCAGCACCUGGAUUCAGCAACGAGAAGAAGAUCGACCACGCGGCGCUUGUUGUUGAGCUCCUGAACAAGGCAUUCAAUCUCCUCAAAGAGCAGGGCCAGGAAGAGUCCCGUCUCGCGCUGUAUAUUGCCUUCAAGACUGCCGAAGUGCACUGCGGUGCUGGACAGUAUGACCUGGCUUUAACAUCUCUUAAUCGCAUAGAGGGCAAGUUCACCGCCGACAACUGGCGCCCAAUGGUCCGCCAGCUUCGCGCCAUCGAGUACGAAUGUGCCCAGGCCACAGGCAACGUCGAGACCGCCGCUCGCCUGCUCAUUGAGAUGAUGGCGCCAGGCAGUGGCGUCGAGGCCGAAGACCGUUCCGGUCUGCCUGAGGACUUUACCAGCCUACUCACGACGACGGCACCUGCCACGUCUGAACCCAUUGUCAUCGACGUGGGCGACGAUGCGAUCCUCGAGGCGCGUGCCGGGUUCCGCUCCGCACAAUCCCAGGUCGGCGGUGCCGUGCCGUUCCAGGUUGUGAUCGACAGCCCCACUGGCGUGGAUAUUUCUCGGCUCGAGUUUACGGCGUUGCGCAUCGCCUGUAGCGAUGCACGAGGGGACAUUGUGGUCACUGCAGCCGGCGAAUCGCGUGCCGUCAAUGUUGGUACCAUUGACACUGGGCUGGCCGAGCACCCUGUUGAGGCCGCACUCAAGUGGGUGCCUGGCCGGCCUCUGGUCGUCACCGGCGAGCUUGUUGGCGAGCUCGGUGAACUGUGCGUCGCAGACGUGACCCUCACUCUCACCCAAGGCCCCUGGACAUUCGACCUUCGUCUCACCCCGCGCCGCCUCUUGCUGUGGACCACCAACGGCCAGUCUUUUACUCCUCUCGGCGGUAUCCAUUCUGUUGUCUCGUUUGCUCCCCGUGCACACAGCGUCGCCCUCGAGGUCGUACACGCGCCAGCCGCGUUUGUCGGCGAGGCACUCCCACUCACUCUCAAGGUGACUGCCGCCGAGGCGUGCGACGCCAACCUGGCGCUCUCGCUGUCGGUUCUUCUGCAGCCUGGCGCGGAACCCGACGGUGCAACCGUAUCGCUCGACGACGAGUCGACCGAGUCCAUGCUCAAGGAACACCACCUGCAGCUUGUUGACGGCGCCGCCGAGACCGUCUUGUAUCUCGUUAGUCCGCGGGCAGGCACCAAGAUGGUCGAUAUUAGCAUCGCUGUCACGCGGCCCGACGACGAGGCAGACGACGAGCACACAGUCUCUGUCGCCGAGGUGGCCAAGACGGCCGUUGUCCCCGUCCUCUCGCCGUUCAGCUCUACCCCAACCCUCUCUCGUGCUGGCGCAACUGCCUCUCUCGCAACUGUUCUCAGUGUCCCAGGCCCGCGCGGCGUCUUCGUCUCGGCCCUCGAAAUUGUUCCUGCCGCUGAGGGUGUGACGCUCUCCAGCUCGUCGCUCCCGUCCACCAUAUCCCCCGCUCAGCGGUGGGACCACAUGACGGCCUAUUCCCUCGCUGCGCGGUUCAAGCUGGACGCCGGCGCGCAGCGCACUACUCCACCUGGACCCGUGGCGCACCUCAAGGCAACGUGGCGACCGGCCGACACGGCCGACGAGACGGAACACACCGCCCUCAUCGCCCUCCCAGCCCUCCAGGCCGUGCCGCCCGAGCCCUUCCUGACAGCCACACUUGCGUCGCCGGCUGUGGUGCGCUCCCACGAGGCCUUUUCCGCCACGCUCUCGCUGGCCAACGCGCACCCGUCGUCGGCGGCGUACGUGGCCGUCCACGGCGACACCGCCGACGGGUUCGUCUGGUCGGGACCGCGCGGAGCGCGUGUCGGUCCCGUCCCGGCCAAUGGCAACCUGGACGUACGGAUCGACGCCGUCGCCGUCGGCGGGGCUGGAUGGCUGGCACUCCCGCAUCUCAGCGUCAGCCAUGGCGAGGGCGCCGACAAACGCGAGGUGCGCGUCCAGCAGCCGGCGGAUCGCGCCGCGUGGACCGUGCUCGUCCAGCCGUAG